GGCAACGGCCACAUGCGGGAAUUGUGCUAAAGGAUAUUAAUAUUGAGAAAUAUAUACCUAUGUGAUAUAAAAGGAAUAUAGCUGAUAUAUACAGAUCAUAAUUUUUGGAGCUGCAAGUUGGCCAGCUGUGUGAAGCCCAUGCCAAACAAUGUGCGCGACAAAGGAGGAACGCAAACCAAAUCCAGUGCUAAACGCGAAUUUCUUCUCCAAGUGGUUUUUUAUCUGGUCACGUGAGAUUCUGCGCAAAGGCCAUGGCAAAUCGAUUGAACCCGCCGAUUUGUAUGCGAAUGUACCCAGCCUGGAUAGUACAAAGGUGUCCCAGGAUCUGCUGGGCCACUGGGAGCGUGAGCUGAAACGGCCGCAGCCGAGUGUGCUGCACAUGAUCUUCAAGGCGUACGGAGCGAAAUUUGUGCCCUUUUGCAUACUCUACUCGCUGGUGGAGAUCUCCCUGCACACUAUGCAGCCGCUGCUGCUGGGCAAGCUGGUGUCCUUCUUCUCGGAGGGCAACGAUUACGAGUCCAUGGAGUCGGCCUAUCUGUACGCCAUGGGCGUGGUUCUCUGCUCGCUGGUCAAGGUGCUCUGCUAUCAUCCGUUUAUGUUCCAUCUGUUUGCGCUGGGCGCUCGCAUCCGUCUGGCCUGCGCCGGACUGGUCUACAGGAAGUGCCUGCGCGUCUCCGUGGCAUCGGAUAACAGCGGGAUGAGCGGCUAUGCGAUUGCCCUGAUGUCCACGGAUCUGCCGCAGUUCAAUGAGACCUUCUACUUCUUCCACGAGCUGUGGAAGGGACCGCUGGAGGGCCUGAUCUUUGGCUACAUUAUUUACCAAGUGAUCGGCUGGCCAGCUCUGGUGGGCAUGGCCACCAUUAUACUCUUCAUACCGCUGCAGGUGUGGGCGGCGAAGGCGACGGCGCGCUUCAAGCGCCUCUCGGCGGAAUACGGCGACGAGCGGGUCAAGCUGAUGAACGAGAUCAUAUCGGCCAUGCAGGUGAUCAAGAUGUACGCCUGGGAGAAGUCCUUCGCCAAGCUGAUCGCACGUGUGCGCCGGAAAGAGAUGGGCGCCAUACGCGGCACCAUGUACGUCUAUGCGGGGCUCCAGUGCACCGACAUGAUCUCCAAGCUGUCGCUGUUCCUGUGCCUGGUCACAUACGUCUUCACUGGCGACAUUGUCACCGCCCAGAAGGUGUUCAUGGUGUCCAGCUACUAUGACCAUCUCAAUCACUCGCUGCUGCAUCUCUGGCCGCUGGCCAUUAACUCCUGGGCGGAGACGUUUGUCGUUGCCCGCCGGCUGUUGGACUUUCUGCUGCAGCACGAGGAUCCCGCCGAUGGCGGUGUGACCAACUUUACCGACGUGGACGAUGAUCUGCAGCAUGGCAACUAUUUUGGACGCCUGCACAAUCCGCUGGCGCUGCGCAAGAGCGUCACGCUGCGCCAGCUGACCGCCAGCUGGGAUCAGUCCAGCCAGGAGAAACGCCAGCGGCACAUCGAGGACAUCAGCUUCGAGGCCGAGGAGCAGCAAUUUGUUGGCAUCGUGGGCACCGUCGGCGCUGGCAAGAGCACGCUGCUGGCCGCUCUGCUCGGCGAGUUGGACAUCAUCAGCGGCAGCGUGGAGCUCAAUGGCGUCAUCAGCUAUGCGCCGCAGGAGCCCUGGCUAAAUCGUUGCAGCAUCCGCGAGAAUAUUGUCUUCAUGGAGCCCUACGACGAGCAUCGCUACAGGGAGGUGCUGCGUGUCUGCCUGCUGGAGAAGGACAUUGAGCAGCUGCCGCACGGAGAUGCCACCAUGGUGGGCGAGUCCGGCGCCAGCUUGAGCGGCGGCCAAAAGGCUAGGGUUAGCCUGGCGCGAGCUGUUUACCGCAAGGCGGACAUCUAUCUGCUGGACGAUCCGCUCUCCGCCGUGGACUCCCAUGUGGGCCGGCUGCUCCUGCAGCACUGCCUCCAUGAGUUUCUCAGCGACAAGAUACGCAUCCUGGUCACACAUCGCGUGACCCUGCUGCGCCAUGCCGAUCACAUGGUGCUGAUGGAGGCCGGACGUGCCUCCAUACAGGGCGGAUACGAGUCGCUCAAGAAACUCAUCCGGUUUCGCAUGUCCGUCGCCAAUGACAGCGAGGUGGCCAAAUUGCGCGCCGUGCGUGCCGAUAGCAUCUUUGAGGAGGCGCCGCCGCACGAGCCACUCUCGCAGCAGCAGCUCCAGCUGCAGGUGGACGAGCACGAGCAGCGUUACAAGGAGCAGCAGUUCCAGGGCUCCGUCAAACUAACCACCUACAAGCAAUACUUUGCUGUGCUCGGUCUGCCGUUCGUGGUGCUGCUCAUAUUUGUAGUCUUUCUGCUGGCGCGUGGCUUUGAGGCCACCAUGGACAUUUUUCUGUCCAAAUGGGCCACGUGGGAGGAAACGCAGCCGGACGAACAUGAGCCGCCCAUUGAACGGCGCAGGAUUCGCACACGCCUGGUCACCCUGUACGCCGUGCUCAUUGUGAGCACCCUGUUUCUGUAUGUGCUGCGCACCUUUGGCUUCUUUAUGAUGUGCCUGCGCAUCUCGCUGCGCAUUCAUAACUUCCUCUUUCGCGGCAUCAUACGCGCCAGCAUGCAGUUCUUUACCUUGGCCACCUCGGGACGCAUUCUGAAUCGCUUCUCCAGCGACAUUCUGGCCAUUGACAUCACCCUGCCGCAGUCUAUGAUGGAAUCUCUGGAGUUCUUUAUCAAUGGGCUGGCUGUGCUUCUGGUUGUGAGCAUCGCCAACUAUUGGCUGACUAUUCCAGCGCUUGUGAUGAUUGCCUUGCUCUACUUUACCCGCAGCCUCUACAUAGGCGCCAGCAGAAGCCUCAAGCGCAUCGAGACCAUCUCCCGCAGUCCCAUCUACUCGUACACAAAUGCGACCUUUAAGGGCCUGACCACCAUUCGCGCCUUGAAUGCGACCAAGCGUCUGGAGCGGGGCUUCCAUAGCUAUCAGAACGAGAACACCUCGGCCGUUUAUUUGUACGGUAGUGUCAAUCGGGCCUUUGCCUUCUGGACGGAUCUCAUCUGUGUGCUGUACAUCCUGGUGGUUACGUUCAGCUUUCUAGUGUUCGAUCGGGACUAUUACAGCGGCGAUGUGGGCCUGGCCAUAACGCAGUCCAUGACGCUGAGCAUCAUCUGUCAGUGGGGCAUGGGACACACCGUCGAGCUGGAGAAUCAGAUGACCAGCGUUGAGCGCGUCCUGGAGUACGUCCAGCUGCCGCCGGAGCCCUCCUACGAGACGGCGGCAGCUGUCAAUCUGCCCGCCAAGUGGCCCAGUGCGGGUCAGCUGCACUUCCAGGAUCUGCGACUGCGCUACAGCGACCAUGGGCAUUAUGUGCUGAAGGGCUUGAGCUUUACCAUACAUCCCAAGGAGAAGGUGGGCAUUGUGGGUCGCACGGGCGCCGGCAAAUCCUCCGUCGUGCAGGCGGUCUUUCGCCUGGCCCUUAACGAGGGACUCAUCGAGAUCGAUGGCUACGAUAUCGGCAAAUUGGGUCUGCACGAUUUGCGCAGUCGCAUCUCGAUUAUACCGCAGGAUCCGGUACUGUUUUCGGGCACGCUGCGCUACAAUCUGGAUCCGUUCGAGCACCAGCUGGACGCGGAGCUGUGGCAGGCGCUGGACGCCGUCAAGCUGAAGGCCUUUGUGACAGCGCUCAAAGGUGGGCUCAGCUACAGGCUGCACGAUGGCGGCGCCAACUUCAGCAUGGGCCAGCGACAGCUGAUUUGCCUGGCACGCGCCAUUCUGCGGCAUAAUACAAUACUCAUCAUGGACGAGGCGACGGCCAAUGUGGAUCCGGACACGGAUCAGCUCAUCCAGGAGGCGAUACACACCAAGUUCGCCAACUGCACGGUGCUGACCAUUGCCCAUCGCCUGCACACGGUCAUGGAUUCGGAUCGUGUCCUGGUCAUGGAUGCGGGCCGUGUCGUCGAGCUGGGUCAUCCGCAUGAGCUGCUGCAGCAGCGCAACGGACAUCUCUAUCGUUUCGUGGAGAAGACCGGGCCGAGCAGUGCCAAGCACUUGCGCCACGUCGCCGAGCAGAGCUUCCAUAAGCGCGUGAUGGGCAAGCGCGGAUUGCCGGAGCCGGAGCCGGAGCACCAGGCGCAUCCGGAGGGCAGGCUGAGCGUUUUCAGGGGCACCACACUAUAG